GUGUGCCUGCAUUUCCGCCCCUCAGUGGAAGGGGCGGGACUCUUGACUGAUCUAUGCAGCUAAUUGGGUGGCUUCGGUCCAGGUCGGCUAUUUUGGUGACGUCACGGCAAGUUUCCUGUCAUGGCAUCCUUCUUACCGGCGCCGGUUCGGGUUGAAAGAUAAGAAAUCAGCGGAGUUUGCGUGUGAAGCCGAAAGCUCACAACGUCACGGGAGUGGCCGGACUUCGGGCGAAAUCGGAAUGAAGCGCUAACGGGAUCUUUUCCGAGCUGGGCACCCUGAAGCGUCGAUGGGCAGCGGCAAAAGCAGCGGUAACGGCGGCGCCCCAAGCAGCGGAAUUGCCUGAGCCGCUGCUGCCUUACCCGGGCUCCCAUUAUGGUGUCCCCUUCAUGGUUCGGCAUGCUGGUGUUGGCAGCCUUUGUCCUUUUCUUUGAGUGGAUUGCAGUGGACUCGGGAGACUCGCCUUCCUCCGAUACUGAAGAGGCCCUGAAGAAGCCUCUGUUCAAUUACAGCAGCGUCAGUCUACCAGACGAACAUAUCAGCUAUUUGUUUCGUAACAACCUGACCUUGGCCAAAAUCUGUGAAAGUGAUUCCCUUUGUCCGUUUAAGGAACAUCUAAAGAAAAUGCAGUCUUGCUGGGGGUACGAGAAGACUUGCCAGCCCGAGUACAGAUACAGCUACCCCGUGUGCUCCGUUGUGGAUGGCGGCUGGGUUAAUUCAAUUUCAGCCGCACAAGAACUUUUCUGGAAACAAGCAGACUUUGGUUAUGUCCGGAAAAAAAUGGACCAAAUGAAAGUGUUAUGUGAACCCCAGAAACCAGAAGAUUCAUCUCUCGUAUGUACCAGCUUGCUUCUGCAUUGCACGGCAUCAAAGCUUUAUCUCGAUUUGAGAAAUCCAAGGAGAACCCAAGACAGAUACAAGGAGGAUUUUCUCCAGGAUGGUGAAAUUGGAGGGCACUGCAAGCUCAACAAGGCAGCCCUCCUUGCUGAAGGACAGCAUAAAAGCCCACUGCAGUCUUGGUCUUCUGAGCUGCUCUCCUAUUCUGCACUUAAGCUUCACCCUUUUGAAAAUGGAGAAUGUGAUCUAGUAGUUGAGAAGCCAGCCAUUUUUAUGAAACUGGACGCAGGAGUCAACAUGUAUCACCACUUCUGUGACUUCGUCAACCUUUACAUCACCCAGCACCUGAUCGGCUCCUUCAGUCGCGAUGUCUACAUCGUCAUGUGGGAUACGAGUUUCUAUGAAUAUGGAGACCUCUUUAAAGAGACAUGGAGAGCCUUUACUGAGCAUGAUGUUAUUCAUCUGAAAUCCUUUGACUCUAAAAGGGUUUGUUUCAAAGAAGUCACCUUUUCCUUGCUUCCUCGGAUGAGAUAUGGCCUGUUCUACAAUACUCCUCUGAUCUCGGACUGUUACAACAGUGGCAUGUUCAGAGCCUUCUCUCAGCACGUCCUUCACAGGUUACGAAUCCAGCAAGAAAAACCAAAGGAGAACAAAAUCCGCGUCACUCUUUUAUCACGCAGCACCGAGUAUCGUCGAAUUUUAAACCAGCAGGAGCUAAUAAACGCGAUGAAGACUCUGACUUUUUUGGAAGUACAAGAAGUAGACUACAAAUACAAGGAAAUUGGGUUUCUGGAACAGCUAAAUAUAACGCACAAUUCCGAUAUCUUUAUUGGAAUGCAUGGAGCAGGACUCACACAUUUGCUCUUCUUGCCGGACUGGGCUGUCAUAUUUGAACUUGAACUCUGCUCUCUGGUUUGGAUUGAAAUAUACUGUAGUGAUAUCUGGAGGGCUGCUGUGCAUUUUGCAGGUAUAAUUGUAAGGAUGAAUCCUGCUACUUUGACUUGGCUCGACUUAGAGGAGUGCGAUAUGUCACCUGGCAAAAGAAGAACAAAGUAUUUCCUCAAGACAAGGGCCACCAUCCCACUCUUGGAGAACACCCCAAAUUCACCAACUACUCGUUUGAUGUCCAGGAGUUCAUGCGUCUUGUUCUGUCAGCAGCAGAGUACGUUAAGCAGCACCCUCAGUGGCCUUUCAGGCGGAAACGGGACGAGCUGUGAGGCGUGCAGAGGGAGGACUUUGCCAAUAAGAGAUUUCCUUGGAUUAUCUGAGCAUUUACUUUUUUAAUCAGGUCGUAGUUUCAAGAUAUGCACAUGGUUUUCAUAUUUUUUGCCUCUGUGGAUGAAAUGAUUGUGUUUUACUUCAGCAAGAAUGAAUGAAUGAGUGAAUGAAUGAUCUAAGGUAUGUGAAGGGUCACAGUUUUGGUGGUAACCAAUUCCUCAAUAGAACUGCAGUUUUCCUCCGUUGGUGAAAGUUCCGAUUUCUUCUUGCACUUUAUUAGUGAGCUGUCCAGAAGUAUCACUUGAGAAUGGACCAGCGGCUGGCUUUACAUCCCCUAUCGCUUGUGAAAUGUAGGAGUCGGACCCCCUUGUGAAGGCCGUGAAGUACUCGAUGCCACGUCUGGUACACGACGUGCGAGGGUGGCUGCUGUUUGGGGGGCUUCAACCCAAAAGUCUCGGCGGUCGGCAGCUCUUUAGGAAAUGAACUUGAAGAUUAAAAUCGGUGUGUGUGACAUAAAGAGGAACGCGUCCUCCAUUUCAGUGAAUGAGAAGGAAUGUGUAAGGAAGUAACGUGCGAUAAAACUGUAAAGAACACCCGACUUGCACUGAAUGUCUGCUACGUAUUUAUGAAGUCUGUGAUGCAGUAUGGAAUUCUCAGGGUCUUACACGCGUCAUCACAUCAGCCAAUUAGACAAUGAAGGUGACGGGACGUCCUCACAGAGCCGCCAUUCAUUUUCAGGACCUUGUCCAAAGUGGCCCAAGUAUUUCCCGUAAAGCGAAUCUUUGAGUCUCGUAUUCUGAAACUGUUUAAGAUUGAAAUUCUUUUCACGAUAUCCUCGUGAGAAUCGCCCUGAGACGCACUCGGCGUUUGCUGUUGGAGUAAAGGACUGACAUGACGCUGUUUUGAACGACUGAAUGAACUGGCAGACCUUUAGCUCGAGUGCUGCAGGGACCCCUCCAUUACUCAUUUAGACCUUCGCAGAGCCCACUUACAUUCACCCGGGCAGUGUGGUCUUCACUUUGGAGUGGGCAGCGGUGGUCCGUCCCGUAUGUCUUGACACUUCAGAAUGAGAGUCGCCUUACCGGCGUAUCCAGUGCCUCACUGCACAGAGCCGAAGCAGCCCGACGAAGACCACAAGAUGCCGCUGCCAAGGUCUGCUUUACAUACCCGUAAGCAAGGGACGGGUGGAGGAUCCACUCCAGUGGCCCCCAAACUCCAGUGGUCCUGGAGACCCCCUGGGGCUGCAGGGCUUGCUUUUUAAUUGGACUCCUAGCCUAACUGUAAUUUCCCAGUCUCUGUGUUUUGGGGUCAAUGAAGGAAUUUCAAUGUCUGCGUGUGAGAAGAUUUUUAUUAUAUUGUAUUAUGCAGAGAAUGUAUUGUUGUUGUUUUUUUUUUUUUUUAUUUGUGUUCAUUUUCUGGUUUCAAUUCUGCUGUUCCAUUAGUGACUAAACAGGGGGGCUGACGCUGAGGGACUCGCAGCCUUUCACCAUUUAGUGUUGCUCACCCGGGUGUCACUUGUCACCGUUAGGAUACAAUGAGGGAAAAUAACAGGAGAACACCAAGAAGGAGUUAAACAUUUAAAGUUACGUAUAGCAAAGGGAGAGAGAGACAGGAUGGCAGCUCAGGGCACUGCCGCACCCACCACACCGUCAACCCACCCGGACUGGCACCACGCUGGAACUGUGGGGGGUUUUAUACACUGGCUGGAGUGCCAAUCGUGCCACCAACCCCCAAGUUUGUUGGACUGGAUGAACGUCAGAGCAGGAUGAAGCAAAAACUGCAGAAAUAUUUCUAAAGGUCUUCUGAUGUAAAAACCGCACUGCUGUGCUCAUCUGAAGGGAGAGGAAGUUCAGCUCCAUUAUGAAUUGGUGCCAAUCGGGCUGGAACAAAAGCCUGCAGCUCCAGGGGGUCCCGAGGACCGAGUUUGGGAAGCACAGCCCUAAACAAAGAGUCGCCAGCGAACUGCAGGGCAGCCUUGGGCACGGGGCAGGCCUUUCGGCUUGGUGGCCCAAACCCGUGUCUUCAUCUCAUCUCUCUCUCUAUAUGAUCCUCUGUCUGGCUGCUUUUCUACUUCGCCGAUUUAGAUCAUCGGGUUUUUUUGUUUUUUUUCUUUCUAUAAUUUGUUUGAACAUUCCGGCCGAUUGUGCGACUUCUCUCAUCAUCCUUGCAGGAGUGAUAGAUUUGCAUUAACCCCAGACAGAGGCUGCGGGCCGAGGGGGGUGGAUCCCCCCCUCAGUCAUGUGCCAGCCUCCAUUCGAGUUAGUUUACC